UUCGUUCGCCGUCGCGCAUCCGAGCAACCCCACGCUGCACGACAGUUCAGUUGCCUAACGCCGCGACGACGAUACGGUUGCACUACGAGUUCGCUCAACGCCGGGAUCAUCCCUCCGGGGCGACCUACCCUCCGCUUGCGUUACGUCGUGCCUCUUCGAACGUGAAGUCGCAACCGGGGACGAUAAUUUCGUGCGCGCGCCCCAUCCAACGAAAUACGAAAAACUCCGAUCUCGCACCGAGCAUUGUUUUGUGACGCGAAAAAAUCUAACCUCAAUUGCCGAUAAUAUGACUACAUAUGGCGCUUCUUGUCAAAGACGCUAACAAACUUUGCCGCCAGAACUCCAGAAAUUCCAGCAUCAAUCAGUUCUUGAUCAUUCCGUUGGCGUGUUCACGUCAAAAAACAAUCAUCAAGGUUUCGGCACGUCAGCAUCAUCCUGGUUCGUCCUUGACAUCAAUCCCUUUUCGAAGAGAAUGAAGGAAAAUGGUUCCGCGGAACCGCAUGAAGCAGCUCGCUCCAGCUUGCACGCGCUUCCAUGAUUGAAAUUUUACCAUUUGCACGGCCUUCUUGUGCGCGUGUUCUAUGUGCGUAUGUCAAGGAGAGGCGAAGCUUCGAAUAAAGAGAAUUCAAGUUUAAUUCGAAUUCAGAUUUCGAAUUGAAUUUGAAUUUGGAGAAAUCGAGAAAAGAUAUCGCAUGGAGCGAUAUCGCGACGAGCAAUAGACAGAAUAAUUCGUACCUGAUUACAACGAAACGCUCGUUUUAAUGAAGUGAAAGACAAGCGACAAAUAAAAAUCGUGGAGUGUUGUAAUAUGAGUGAGAAAACAUCGAAAACUCCGCGCUCCAUUUGAAGAACGCGUAUUGUUCGCACGUUGCCGACGGUCAGCGAAUAUCGUCGAAAGUUUGUUUGCCAGCGACAAUUUACCCGAAGUACAACGAAGAUAUAACAAAUCGAAACAACUGAUAUUCCGCCGUCGAACACGUUGACGCACAGGUAUUGGUUCAAAAAUUUCAAUUUUUAUGGACAUGCAUAAAAACACUUAGAAUCUGUUAGAUCUUCAUGUCGCUCGGCUUUUUUUCAUGCCAAUUGCACGCGAUACGACUAGAAAUCAAAUUUUCAAACAGUUUUAAAGCAAAUCUUUGUAAUUUCAAACAAAUAUUCCUGCGAUCAAUAAUUGUUGGCAGACAGCGAGCGUAAUGUCAAGGCUUGUCAAAUUUAAAGUCAAAGUUCCGGCGACUUUGCGAAAAAUCUCACUGAAAGCAAUGUUAACUUUGUAAAUCACAUCGAAAAUUUCGCUGCUUUCUAUGUUUAAUUUACAAAAAGAAAGGAAACCAAUUAGAAUAAACUAUGAAGACAAUGUUUCAUCUGUUUCAACAACUUCGUGAGAAAUCCCACUGAAAGUACCGUCGACUUCAUAAGCGGCGCCAACGAUUUUGCAAUAUUCACUGUUUUCUGUGUUUAAAACCACGAAAAAGAAGAGGAAGGAAAACCAAUUAGAAUAAACUGCAAAGACGGGCUGUUCCGUAAGUAAAAAAUCGCACCAAAGCAUCGGCUUUGUAAGUCGCACGAGAAAUCUUACGAUAUUAUCCGUGUAAGAGCUAGAAAGAAGAAAUAGAAUUGAUAAAAAUUCAAGAAAUACAACGACUCUCUUUGAUUGAGUUCCUAAACAUUGAAAGAAGAGCCUUCUGAGAAGAUUAAACAACGAUUAAUCCGAAAGACCUAAUCGCUUCGCGAUUCAAGCAACCGAGGAGACACCGUAGACAUAAGUUUCGCGUUCUCGAAUGCGCAUUCAGAGCCGCGGCGGCCGGCGGCUCCGUACGGCUCGUGUUCCCUCGCAGAGUUUUUAUCGCGCGCCUAUUGCCAAGUUCGCGGUUUGAGAAGCAACGGGAAUCAACCUUCCCUCACCUUCUUCCGUGGCCGAGGAUGUCGCUCUGAGUCCGUCGUUGAUAUCAAAUAAAAAGAUGCCGCAGCAACAGCAACGAUCGGCCUUCGCGAUUCAGGAGCUGCUGGGCUUGGAUGGCACCGGAAACAGAAGCGGCGGGACCGAUCGCGGGUCGCCGCAAGGUUCACCGCCCGCCGGGGUCUCGGCGGUCUCUUACGCCCCGGCCGCGCCGCAUCACUCGAAAUUAUGGGAGUACAUGCCCGGCCUGAAUCACUUGGGCAAUUUGGGGAAUCUGGGAAAUCUCGGGAAUCUAGGCAAUCUCACGGCCUCGAGGAUGGCCUACCUGAACGCGCAGGCGGCCGUCGCAGCCGCCUUUCUGCCGCCGCCUCACCCCCACCCGGCUCAUCACGUACCGCACCAUCAGGUGCAUCAAUCGGGCCAACUUCCGGCUUCGCCGCCCGGCGUUAACCUGCAUCCUGCAGCACAUGCGCAGCACGUACUUCCUGGCACGGCCGUCACCGCGAAUCAUCAUCAGCAUAGCCCAACUCAGCACACGCCGCCUCACGGAUUUUCGCAAUCAAAAGGAUCAUUUUCGAACACGAGUCCAGGUGUUGGACACAAUAUAGAAUCGGGGAAGGACUUCACGGUAGACGGACUCUCAGGUUUUAGCAAAAAGAAGAAAAAGAAACGCCGUCAUAGGACGAUCUUCACGUCACAGCAGCUGGAGGCGCUGGAGGCAGCCUUCAAAGAAGCCCAUUAUCCUGACGUCUAUGCCCGCGAGAUGCUAAGUCUGAGAACCGAUCUACCCGAAGACAGGAUACAGGUGUGGUUUCAAAAUCGAAGAGCAAAAUGGCGCAAAACGGAGAAAUGUUGGGGCAGAAGUACCAUAAUGGCAGAAUAUGGUUUAUAUGGAGCGAUGGUCCGACAUUCCUUACCACUCCCGGAAACGAUUCUAAGAAGUGCCAAGGAAAACGAAUCCGUUGCACCAUGGCUGCUAGCUCAGUCAUCUAAGACAAGCAGCUUUAACCAAGAUUUCGAAUAUAAUCAAGAACUGAUUGACUGUGGACCUGUAGGAAUGCAUCGGAAGUCGCUCGAGGCAGCGGAGCAUCUCAAAUCCGGCGGAGAGGACAGCGGUAACGAUCAAAACGGAAGUGGAAGCAGCCCCCAUCAUAAUCAUCAUCAAGGGGGACCGACCAGUUCGGAGAGUGGACAGGAGAGUCAAGAUGGUAUGGGACCUUCGUCAUCCACGAGCGUCGUACAGGACACGGAACAACUCAGAAACGAAAGUAUCGCCUGCUUGAGGGCAAAGGCGCAACAGCAUCAGCUGCAACUGAGCCUGCAGCCGACAUCGGCACCGCCAAGCGGAUCGUAUUCGUCGCAAGCACAAUCCAACACGCUACACGCUUCGGUUUAAAAUCGUGAUUAUACAGACGCUCUCCUCCUGAUAGUUCCGUGUCUGAUAUUUUUGCCGCUGACGCGGAAGCACAUCGUCCUGCCUGUCCUAGAAUGAAUCGGCAGCACCGAUUUCGAAACUAGUAAUAUUUUUUUAAUAGGUAUCUCGGCGGAUGGACUCUUUCAAGGUAUAAGGGGGAUGUGUGUGGAUUACUUCUGAGAUUAAUCCCGAAAGAAAAACAAAAAAAAUCAAAAACAAAAGGAUCAUCGAUCGCUUCGGCGCGAUUCCGAUGUUAUUACAUUCCUCGCGUGUGCUUUUCUAGCGCGGUCUCGCAAAUUCUCGCGACGAUUGAAAUCAAAAUUUCGUAAUGCACAGAGUAAAUCGUGGAGAUCGAAGACACAUACAAACACAACGAAGCUUGGCGAACCAACUGAUUCCGCAUCUGAUUCGUACUAUUAGAUAUAGUAUAUCUGCGUGUCUGGCGCGGGUGAUCGAAGCGGGCCUAUAGAUCGAUACGGAUUUACAUAAAUCUUUUGCAACGACUUGAUGUACAAUGAUGAAAGACGCUUUUACGAUGCACUCACAUAAUACGUUUCGCAGAAAAAAGCGAAACGCCACUGGAGAGAAUACCGUGGGAAAUAAACAAUGAAACUAAUUAUUAAGCUUCAUCCUGAUCAACGAAAUAAGCCUACUAAGACGAUCGGUAUAACAUAACGAAAAAUUACAUUGGUCUGCAAUCAAUUGGGCACUUUUCUCGUUAUCUGAAAAAGAAGAGUAGUUUCUUGUGCGUUGAUCCAAAUUUGACCUCAAAAAGUGCGUAUGAUAAUUGCGUAUUCAAUUCACAAUUAAUAUUUAAUUUUUUUUCAUAUGCAAAUUUAAUUUAGUAAAGUUUUUUAAAUGUUAC